AUGCAAUUGGUAUUGCGCAAUCAGUCUGACGACAACUUGUUUAUACGUCUGCUACAUCCAAACGACACGGUUACAAAAUUUUCAGUAUCGUUAGUUUGUGAUACUGAUACCGAUUGCUUAAGGCAUGCUUAUCCGCUUAACGACGGGUAUACGUUCGCAAUUCAGAAAAGUGCCAACAAAAGCGCAUACGGGACGUUGAUUGAUUGGAGUGGGCAGGUGUUGCAACGUAAUGUGACCCUUACUGAUGUUCCCGUCGACGGUCAAUCGUUGCCACUAGUAAAAGUUAACGUCAACCCGGAUAGGGAUUUUCUUGUAGCAACUAGAAACGGAAAUACCGUUUUAUGGAAAAUUUUCAAUGCGCCCAAUAACACGGGUCAAAUAACCCAAUUGUACGGAGGCAGCAUCAUGGGAACUAAUAACUACAUUCUGGUCGAUCACGAAAUCUUUCCUACCACAGAAGGCGGUUAUGGUGUAGCUCUUUUAAAACGUAUACCAACAUUCACUCAGGAUCCACGCAACACGAAAAUUCCUUCCGAGGAUGGUGUUCAUCAAUUUGCGAAUGAUUAUAUUGCUUGGGAUUAUGUGAGAGUAGCAUUCCUAUCUAGCGGUUCUGUAACCGAAAUCAACGUGAUAGCAGCUAGUGCAAACACUGACAAUCGAAAAGAAGUAUAUGGAAUACGGCAACUGCCGUAUGGCGGAUUUCUGUUUCUAGAAAUUAUUGUGAAUCGUAACGAUAUUCCCACGCCUGUUCCUGAAAUUGCUGAGCUCGUCCCUGUUGAUCCAUCACGUAUAACCACCAACAGACGCAAUCAACCUGAUCCUAAUGCACCGGAUUAUCAGAUAUUAUUUCCCGUCACCCUCAAGUCAACUAGUGAUCAAUCACAGAGAACAGUACAGCAGAUUAUUGAUGAUCUUGAUGAUUUAAUUAAAAACAAGGACUAUAACGCGUUUUCACAAGAGUACCCUACUAGUUACCUAGAUGAAACAUACGGGUUUUCACCUGCUGCCAAUCUGUGGGAUGCUUAUAAAUUUAAACUAAUUGGAGUGUUGGUUGGUCUCUUGGUGUUGUUAAUAAUAUAUUUUUUCGCGAGAAGGAAAUAUCCAGAGGGUCAAAGUUUUAUUGUCGUAAAGCUUGCGCUAAUACUGGUAGAUUUGAGUCUCGACAUAGCAUUUGUACUUUCAAGCACGAAAAACGUUCCGGAAUUACGUACACCAAGGUAUUACCCAUUUUUAGCUCACGAUUAUUUGCGAAUAUGA